AUGGGCGUAACAUCACCAACCAAUGAAGAUGUUUCACAUUUUGAGAGCCAGAUACUAAUCAAUGCACCGGAAAAAGGCUCCUGUAAAUUAGAGAACAUGCAUUCGCAACCACCUGAGGAUGCAGCAAAACUGGGUCUUCUUGAUACUUUGGAGUCUCAUGCUGAACAGGAAAGUUCAAUUGCUCCUGUCUUGGGUCUUGAUCAAUGUGAUGCUAGGAAAGCUGAGUUGAUGAAAGGUCAAGGGGCUGGCACAAAGGUGGAUAUGCUUUCUCUUUCGGAUGAGCCGGAGUUGGAGGCUGCUUACGAGGCCAGACAGCAUGUACUUUGUCAACUACGCGAGGAGCUAGAUUGGCUAACCAAAGUUAGCAAAAUGCUUGAUCCAAACACCUAUCUGGCGCAUAUUUCCUCCUUUACAUCCCCUGGUGACCCAAUAUGCACCUCUCCCAGUUCGUCUUUAUAUCUUAGUGAAAUAAUUUUGCCAGCCAGCGAAACAUCUAGAAUGUCACUAGCCUGUCUCCCUGCCCAACCAGAUAAACUGCAAGAAGUUGCCAGCCGAGUAGCCGAUUUGCGAUCAGAUUGGCAGAGCCGGCGUGGUCGUGUAGCUAGUCUGUCCGAAGCUGCAAGUCGUCUACUUCGACAAAUGAGUUCCACUAGCUCUGGGCUAUUAGCAAACAAGAUGCCAACAGCCAUCAACCAUCAUUUGGUUCGUUUAUGUUUCUCUUAUUUCGCUUUUCUUUGA